AUGCCACAAGCAAUACCAACAAAAAAUAAAACAACAGACAAUUUAUCAUUAGAUCACCUAUCUAUCAAAACAAAUGAUGAUGAUAAUAAAGAAAGUACAACACUUAUUUGGUUUGAUCCAAAUAUUGGAUCACGUGAAGAUACGGAAAAAACAAAAGAACAACUUCGUCUUAUUAAUGAUUAUGUCGUUUUCUCGACUGAUCUUGAACAAUGUGCCACAUUUAUUGAAUCAGUCGAUAAAGAAAAAGUUUUCUUAAUAACAUCGGGAUCAAAAGCAUCACAAAUCCUAUCUCGAACGUCUUCUUGCCGUCAGCUUGACUCAAUUUUUAUUUUUUGUUUGAAAAAAGAACGAUACGAACAUCUAUUCAAUGAAUAUUCAAAAAUUGUUGGAAUUUAUGUCAAGCUUGAUGAUUUAUGUCAAUCAAUCGAAGAACAAAUCGACCUCGUCAAUAGACAUAUGCAAACAUUUUCAUUUUUUGACCAACAUGAAAAAGCUCUGAAAGAUCUAUCCGAAGAAUCAGCAGCGUUUCUAUGGUUUCAACUAUUUAAUUAUGUCGUUGCUCGUCUUCCACGAAAUCAACAAGCGAAACAACAAAUGAUUCAAAUAUGUAAGGACUAUUAUCGUGGGAAUAAAAAAGAAAUAAGAGCAAUUGAAGAUUUUGAAAAAACGUAUCGAUCAGAAGAUUCAAUACUUUGGUAUUCAAAACAAACCUUUGUUUAUAAAUUAAUCAAUAAAGCAUUGAGAACAGAAGAUAUUAAUCUUCUAUAUAUAUUUCGAUUUUUUAUUGGUGAUCUUUCAGAAGCUUUACAACAAGAACAUACGAAGAUUUUAUCAUCAAAACACAAAAUCCUAAAUGUUUAUCGAGGAGUUAAACUUGAUAAAGAAGAAUUUGAUAAAUUAAAAGAAAAUCAAGGGAAGCUUGUUUCAACCAAUGGUUAUUUAUCGACAAGUCAAAGAAAAUCAUUAGCAUUAUCUUUUGCAAUGAAACCCACAAAACGAAUUGAUGUUAUUCCUGUUCUUUUUCAUAUUCAAUGCGAUAUUAAGCAAGUAAAUAAAAAUAUUAUUUUUGCUGAUAUUAGUGAAUUUAGUCAAUAUCCACAUGAAGAAGAAGUUUUAUUUGAUUUAAAUGCUUGCUUUAUAAUUGAAUCUAUUGAAGAGCAGGAAUCAUUACAAAUCAUUACAAUGAAUCUUUCAAAUGAAGGACAAAAAAUUACAAAAGAUUAUCUUGAUUUAACACGUCAAGAAACGGAAGAACUAAGCGUUUCGAUUGUUUUUGGUAGACUAUUGUGUAAUUUAGGUGAAUACGAUAAAUCUCAAAAAUAUUUUGAACAAUUAUUGAAUGAUUCAAAGGAUGAAGAUCGUGCUUGGAUUGAAUUCAAUAUAGGUCGAACUCUUGAUUUCAAAGGUGAAUGGAAGAGAGCUCGAAAAUAUUUUGAACGUGCCUAUGAUCGCAUGAUGAAAAGUGAACCAGCAAGAAUUAUAGAUUCUGCCCAUGUUCUUAAUUACCUUGGUAACAUUCUCUCUUAUCAAAGAAAGUACGAUGAAGCUCUCGAUUAUCAUCAGCGAGCAUUGAAAAUUCGAGAGGAAUUUCAUCCAUCUGGUCAUGUCGAUAUUGCUACAAGUCUUAGCAAUAUUGGUCGCAUUCUUGAUCAUCAAGGGCAGCACGAUGAAGCGCUCGAUUAUCAUCAACAAGCGUUGAAAAUUCGAGAAAAAUUUUAUCCAUCCGGUCAUGUCGACAUAGCCAGAAGUCUCAACAACAUUGGUCGCAUUCUUCAUGAUCAAAAAAAAUACGAUGAAGCUCUCAAUUAUCAUCAGCGAGCACUAAAAAUUUACAAGGAAUUUUUACCAUUUGGUCAUAUCCAUAUUGCUAGAAGCUUAAACAACAUUGGUCGCGUUCUCGAUAGUCAAGGAAAGUACGAUGAGGCCCUCGAUUAUCAUCAACGGGCGUUGAAAAUUCGAGAAAAAUUUUAUCCAUCUGGUCAUGUGGAAGUAGCUAAAAGCCUCAGCCACAUUGGUCGCAUUCUUCAAGAUCAAGGAAAGUACGACGAAGCUCUUGAUUAUCAUCAGCGAGCAUUGAAACUUCAAGAGAAAUUUUAUCCAUCUGAUCAUAUCGCUAUUGCCUUCGGUUUGAAUAACAUCGGUGCUUGUCAUGAAAAUCAAAACAAACCAAACAUUGCACUUGACUAUUAUCAGCGUGCAUUGGCUAUGUAUGAGAAACUUCUUCCUGUUGGCCAUUCAGACCGACAGAAAACCGAAAUGAAUAUUCGUCGACUCGCUGGGAAAAACUGA